UGCGUGGCGCGUCCCUGUCGUGUGCGUUUCAUUAACUGUGCAUGAAAGCUAGCGAGCUGCAGACACACCGCGCAGAUCAGGCGUGUUCGAGGCUCAGCACUGCCGCAGACAGGGAGCUCGCUGGGAUUUGAGACACGGCCCUGCGCCGCGGUUCUAGUGCGUGUCCUGCAGGGGGCGUCAGGACCAGCGUUCACUGCGCAUCUGAGCGCGUGCAUCCUCAUCACCUUCAUCCUCGUCAUGUCUACGGCGGAUCACGCAGUCAUGCACGGCAUCUGGGGCAGGAACGCGCCCGCGGGGAACGCGAUGGAGAAGCCGAAGAACAAGGGCUUCAGCCUGAUCAGGAUGAUGUCUCUGAAUUACAGGAAAGAGAAGAACCCGCAGCAGCAGCAGCAGCAUCUCAACAACAUGCCCUUCAUGAUCCACUGCCACAUCGGUAAAGAGAUCAAACACAUAUGCAGCAACUGCAGCCGCGGCAGCCACGCGCAGGACGCUGAGGAGGUGGAGAAGCUGGCCUCGGUCCACGCCGAGUCCCUGGGGUCCGGGUCGCUGGCGGCACCCAUCCACUGCAGGAGCCGGCUUGCCUCUCUGGGACGCCUCUUCAAACCCUGGAAGUGGAGGAAGAAGAAGAGCGAGAAGUUCAAGCAGAGGUCCACCGCUCUGGAGAGGAAGAUGUCGGUGCGUCAGAGCCGAGAGGAGCUGAUCAAGAGAGGAGUGCUGAAGGAGAUCUUUGAGAAAGACUCCAGAAUCACGGCUGUGACGCCGACCGGACGGAUGGACACCGACUGUGAGCGGCCCGCGGAGGACAGACAGAGGACCGCCGCUGCUGACUUCCGCUUGUCUCUGGAUGGAGGAGUAUGUGCUCAGGACAACACACUCAAGUCUCUCACGCUUCCUCCCAAGAAGAGCGUCACCUUCCCCUGCGACCUUCAGGAGCCGCCCGCCAAACCUCAGCUCAUCCAUAAACAACCUCCCGCCCUGCCGCCCAAACCCUUCUCCCGACUGACCAAUCACAGCCCAGACCCGUCGUGUCUGCAGGGAAAGCCGUCUCCUCCUCUUCCUCCCAAGAAGCUGAUGCUGUACUCUUCAUCUCUGGGUCCGUGCUCUCGGCCGCUGCAGCUUCAGUACAGUCACCCGUCCAGCCGGAUCAUCCUCGAGCUGCAGAAGACGCUGGCCCUCGCCAUGCAGAGACUGGACAGCUCUGCGGUUCACAGCGGUCACUACAGCGCUCCUCUCCCGGCCGCGGCCAUCGACUGCGACGAUGACAAAGAGAACAUCCCCAACGAGUCUGACUACGAGGACCUGCCCAGCAUGUAUAAGGAUGAAGAGCAGGAGGAGGACGAGGAGGAGGAUGAAGAUGAGGACGACGAUGAUUCGCUCUUUACAAACUCACUGGCACUGAAGAUCCUGAGGAAGGACUCUCUGGCGGUGAAGCUGAGUAACAGACCGUCUCAGAGAGAACUACAGGAGAAGAACAUCUUACCUGUACAGACAGAUGAAGAGAGACUGCAGUCCAGACAGCUCAUCGGCACCAAACUCACACGGAGACUGAGCCAGAGACCGACGGCUGAAGAGCUGGAGCAGAGGAACAUCCUUAAACCUCGUAAUGAGCAGGAGCAGAUGGAGGAGAAGAGAGAGAUCAGAUGCCGGCUCUCACGCAAGCUGAGUCAGAGGCCCACAGUGGAGGAUCUGCGGCGAGCGAGGAUCCUGAUCCGCUUCUGUGAUUACGUGGAGGUGGCAGACGCUCAGGACUACGACAGACGCACAGACAAACCCUGGACGAGACUCACGGCGGCUGACAAGGCCGCCAUCAGGAAAGAGCUGAAUGAUUUCAAGAGCACUGAGAUGGAGGUGCAUGAGUCCAGCCGUCAUCUGACCAGGUUUCACCGGCCCUAGCGUCCGGAUCUCCGGCUCGGUGGAGCACUAUUGCACUGACUGCGUCUCGGAGCUGUUUACAGGAUUCACCUUCAUCCAUCGACUCCUGCAGAAAACUGUGACGUCUGCGUGAAGAGCUUUACUCAUCAGGGCCUGAGACUCGUUUCAUGGAUGCGUGUGGAUUAUCGGUGUUUUAAGUUAUUUUUAUACGUUUCUCUGGAGGAGCUUCACAUCUUUGGCAUGCUUGUUUUGCGUUCUUGUGAUGCCUGUCAGCAAAUGUCCUGAAGCUCUUUAUUUUAUUCAUGUUUGUCUUCUUUGUUUUAUAUGAUUUUAUUAUAAGUUGUAUAGAUUUUAACAGCCUCUCACUGUGUUUACUGGAAUCACAAAUGACUUUUUCAUCCUUUAAUAAACGAGAUGCUUUAAUUCUACCAGACAGGUUGAGACAUCGCUGACAGACUGUGAUCGUUCUUCUGUAGUUCAUUCUUGAGCGUCUGCUCGGUUCUUACGUGAAAGUCCUGAUGGAAAGAUGUUGGUUAGCUUCACCGUAAACCAUUGAGGGACACACUACUAGUUUAGUUACAUCAGUAGAUCAAGCUGUUCUUAUCUCAGAGGAUGAAGCUACGGUCAUAUUCUGCAUGCACUCUUAAUGAUAUGCACAAUGUUUUGUUUUUGGGGUUUUUUCAUCAUUUGAAGUAGAACUGGGUUUCGGUUGAUCUCGUGUUGAACUGAAGUCCCCUUCAGAAAGAGUUUAAUGAAGAACGUCAGCUGAGAGAAGAGUCCAGCAGAACAUCUCUCCGCUUCUCCAGAACUGUUUCAAACCGUGACGCGGCUCGGUCUUCAGGCAGCUCCAACGUCACCAACGUCAGACAUCACUGAACUCUACCAAAUCAUCUUUUUAACAAGAGCGAGAUUUUGAGAACUUUUAGAACCUGCAUGAGUUUAUAUGAGAGAAAGAGACAAAGCGUCCUGAAGCUUUGUGUGUCUCCGAGGGACGCCAUGAUUUCAGCAAUAAAACUGACUUAUCUACA